CGAGCCGAGCGGCCUGCGGCGGCGAGCGGGCGGCGGGCCGAGGGCCGGGCCGGAGGGGCGGCGGGGCGCGGGCGAGGCGCGAGCCGAGCGCGCUCACUUCUCCGCGAAGUGCCAACUUGUCCGGAGACAGUGCGGGGCGCGCACGUCGGGCGCGGGGAGAGUCAGCGGGAAUUUGCGAUUUUGGGGCAGAAAGUCGGAUUCUCCCGGCCCCUUUCCCCUGUUACUCAUCCCCGUUCAAAAGAAAAACAGCAACAGCAAACUUGCUAUAAGCCCGCCUGCCCCCGCUCCUGGCACCAUGAAGGCGGCCGUCGACCUCAAACCGACUCUCACCAUCAUCAAGACGGAAAAAGUGGACCUGGAGCUUUUCCCCUCCCCGGAUAUGGAAUGUGCAGAUGUCCCGCUAUUAACUCCAAGCAGCAAAGAAAUGAUGUCUCAAGCAUUAAAAGCCACUUUCAGUGGUUUUACUAAAGAGCAGCAACGCCUGGGGAUCCCAAAAGACCCCCGGCAGUGGACAGAAACCCACGUUCGGGACUGGGUGAUGUGGGCCGUGAACGAGUUCAGCCUGAAGGGUGUGGACUUCCAGAAGUUCUGUAUGAACGGAGCAGCCCUCUGUGCCCUGGGUAAAGACUGCUUCCUCGAGCUGGCCCCGGACUUCGUUGGGGACAUCUUAUGGGAACAUCUCGAGAUCCUGCAAAAAGAGGAUGUAAAACCGUAUCAAGUUAACGGAGUCAACCCUACGUAUCCAGAAUCCCGGUAUACCUCGGAUUACUUCAUUAGCUAUGGUGUCGAGCACGCCCAGUGUGUCCCUCCGUCGGAGUUCUCCGAGCCCAGCUUCAUCACGGAGUCUUACCAGACGCUCCAUCCCAUCAGCUCGGAAGAACUCCUGUCCCUCAAGUAUGAGAACGACUACCCCUCGGUCAUUCUCCGGGACCCUCUCCAGACAGACACCUUGCAGACUGACUACUUUGCCAUUAAACAAGAAGUCGUGACACCGGACAACAUGUGCAUGGGGAGGACCAGCCGUGGUAAACUCGGGGGCCAGGACUCUUUCGAGAGCAUAGAGAGCUACGACAGCUGUGACCGCCUCAUCCAGUCCUGGAGCAGCCAGUCGUCUUUCAACAGCCUGCAGCGCGUUCCCUCCUACGAGAGCUUCGACUCCGAGGACUACCCGGCGGCCCUGCCCAGCCACAAGCCCAAGGGCACCUUCAAGGACUAUGUGCGGGACCGUGCAGACCUCAACAAGGACAAGCCUGUCAUUCCUGCUGCUGCCCUUGCCGGCUACACAGGCAGCGGACCCAUCCAGCUGUGGCAGUUUCUUCUGGAAUUACUCACUGAUAAAUCCUGUCAGUCUUUUAUCAGCUGGACAGGAGAUGGCUGGGAAUUCAAGCUCUCUGACCCAGAUGAGGUGGCCAGGAGAUGGGGAAAGAGGAAAAACAAGCCUAAGAUGAAUUAUGAGAAACUGAGCCGUGGCCUGCGCUACUAUUACGACAAAAACAUCAUCCACAAGACGGCGGGUAAACGCUACGUGUACCGCUUUGUGUGCGACCUGCAGAGCCUGCUGGGGUACACCCCCGAGGAACUCCACGCCAUGCUGGACGUCAAGCCGGACGCCGAUGAGUGAUGGACACAGAAGGGGCCAGGGGAACCUUGCUGAGACCUAUUGAAGGACAACCGCAUUGGUCGGACUCUUAAUUUUUAAUUGUUAUUCUAUUUUUUAUUUUCCAGAACUCAUUUUUUACAUUCAGGGGUGGGAGCUAAGUGAGCUGCAGCUAUAAUCGAUUGUGCACGGUUGGAGAAGGAAAACUAGGACUUGUGGGGUGGGUGGGAUAAGAAAUUUUUGAGCAAAUUUUCAGGAGAAAGAGAAAGAGGUCUUCUUAGAAGCUGGAAGGGUCUGGCUUAAGGGGGGACGAGACUAACGUGUCCAUUCAUUUUUAGAAAAAUCAUUCACCAAAAAAAUGUGUCUUGAGUUAUGAACCCAUUAGCAAGAGUCAUUGCCACAGCAAAAGUUGCCAGGCUGAUGAAAGGAAAUUAACUCGCUUUUGUUUGUAGAUCUGGGAGGGCAGAAAGAGGGGGUGGGAUAAAAUAUUUUUGGGGGAGGAUGCCCUAAAAACUGAGAACUAUUUACCUUUCACUCUUCUUUUGAAACAAAGAUGGACUUCCAUGGGGAGGGGGCCAACACAGUUUUUGUGUUAAAAUUUAUUUUAUUAAAUUUCGUGCCAGUAUUUUUUUUCUUAAAAAUCGUCUUAAGCUCUAAGGUGGUCUCAGUAUUGCAAUGUCAUGCAAGUUUCUUUUUAUUUGCCAGCUGAGGAUUCUGUCACAGUGAAAGAAAACUGUUUAUAUAGACCCCACUGGAAAAGCAAAGCGCUGUCACUGAGAUCAGGGAUCCCAAAUUCAUGUGACUUACGUAUGAAGGAAAAAUUAAUGUUGAUUUGGGUAUGGGGAACUAUGCAUGUGAAUUUCAUCUACAAUUUUAAGAAACUUAUUAUUACACCGCUUGACUUGUUAUUAGCAGAUUCUCGGGGUUUGGACUUGAUGUUGAGCUAAGAAGCAUUAAGUCUUUGAACUGAAUGUAUUUUGCAGCCCUUUGAACCACAUAAACAUAGGAGCACUGUUGAAGUCAUGGAAAGGAAAUCAAAGGGGGAAGAUUGGCUUGGUUCUUUCUUAGUUCUACACCUGUAACAUAGAAGAGUUGGAGUAAAAGCUGUAUGCGUGGGCAUUACCCCUCAGGUCUUAAGAAACAAGUCCUGGAUGCGUGUCGUUCCAAACUAACACUCUGUAACUUCUCUUUCAUAUUUUAUUUUUUCCAGCAUCCUUCGUUUUUCGCUCACAUUCCCCCUCCUCCCCAUUGUGCAUUCAGUAGAGAGAAGCGUACAGCUUUCUGAUUGGUGAGUGAGAGAGUGACUUCAGACAAGACAUGAGUUGAAGAGUUGACCUUGCUGGGUUUUAGAAGUGGUGGAAAUGAAGAGAGCAUUUCAGUAAGAUGGGACUUGGCUGUCUUUGGGAAGAGAAGAAUUUAAACCAGUGGGGUAGGGUGUCAGGUGAGACUGUGCAUGCCGGUACACGCAGCGUGAGGGCCUCGUGCUUGCGUCUGAUGUCUUGGCCCAGGGUAAGUCAAGGUUAAUUGCAGAAGAGAGGAAUGGCUUGAAGGCAGAAGAAACAAGAGAAGGAGCUUGCAUGAAGAAAGUAAGGUGUCCAUGACAUUUGAAUAUGUUUUGAGUUCCCCCAAAGUUCAAACACAAACAUAGUCAACUGAGGUAGUCAUCUUUCUGCUGGUUUUGAGGAGGGAUCUGAAAAUGGGAUUUUGGAGGGAAACCGUCAUCUACCUGGUGAGAGCAAGUGCCUAAUACAAUUAGAAUCCCUCCCACUGUGUAGCUGCCCAGUUAAAAGGAUGAGGAAAGAGCGGUGGCUUUUUGGACUCGGUGAGAGGGGAAGACACGUUCGAGAUGAGCUGCUCAGGGCUGGCUCCUUUGGGAUUUAGCUUUGAAAUUGGAAGUACUAACCACCUUCUAGCAUUUCUUCAAGAAAGCUGAUUGUUUACUCCCAGAUCCUCUUGCAGACCCCGAAUUGUCAGGAACUUAGCUGUGUGGUUCAUGAAUGUCCUCACGCUGAUCAGUUGGAGAGUCUACAUGAAAAGCAAAGGCAAAAUUAUCCCAGCUGUGUAUUUUGAACUUUUGGAUGCAGGUGCCUUAAUGAAGCUCUCAAAAUAUUUUAGGAGCUGCUCAGGGAGCGUUAGGUGGAACUGUUUGGACUACAUUGUUUUCUCUUAGAUUCUGUGAUCUUUGUUGGGCACUGGCAGAGGGUGUGUGUGAGUGAGAGUGUGUGUGUGUGUGUGUGUGUGUGUGUGUAUUUGCAGACAUGCAAAACUGCAGCUGAAAUAAUACCUGAGUUUUCUAGUUAAGUCUUUCCACAUUUCAGUAAUGGGUGAGGGUAGAGCCAAGGCUGGGUAUCAGUCAUUGCUUGCUGUUUGCAACCAGGCAUAAAAUCACUUUCCUAAAUCAUCAGUCUUUCCUAUUAAAUCGAUGCUGAAAACUCCCCUUCUGUGAGUCUGUCUAACCCUGCAAUUCCUGGAGCAGAUAAGAUGUAAGAAAGUGCCUCCCAGUGUUCCUCAGCCUGCUUGUUUGCUAAGAGUCCCUUUUUCUCUAGGUCCGCCGCUGUCGGGAUUUGUAGGUAGUGUAUUAAGACAGCUUUGUGUAUCUGGCCAGAUGCUUUUUCUCCUUUUGUCCAAAGGCCAGAGACCAUCCCAAGAAGAGUGGUGGGUGGUUUAUACACUGGAAAUGUAGCAUAAUUGUUGCAUUUAUGCUUUUUAAAAACACAUGUUAACUUCAGAGGGAGGAUGGGCAAAUCUGGUCUAGCUGUGUGAAACCAUUAUUUUCCUGGAGAUGCCUUAACCUAUAUUGGUUUUGGCUUUAGGGUUCAGAGUCACUUUUGUUCCCUUCUCCAUUCAGAAGAGGGACUUCCCUGCACAGAGCCCUGAUUUGUGGCCGUGGGGAUUGGAGGUAGCAUUCAAAGAUCAGAUGUGCUUUUCCUCACUUUGGAGACAAACACUCUGGGUUUUAGAGCAUUAACCUGCCUAACCUUCAUGGUGAAAAAUACACCUUCUGUCUUCUAGUCAUGCUGUGCAUGCCGCUUUCUCUGUUGGGGUCUAUAUAAAUUUGUUACGCUCUUACCUACAUUCCAAAGAAGUUUCAAGGAACCAUAAAUAUAUGUAUACAUAUACAUAUAUAAAAUA